AUGGCUGCUUCCCUGAGUAAUGCUGAACAGACAGGCCCGAUUGUGGCAGGGCAGUCCUCGGACAAGGAUGCCCAUGUCGAUCAAGCUGUCCCAGGGGAUGAGAGUUGGCCUCUUCAGCCUGCUGGUCCUGCUGAAGACUGUGAGGCGUGCAGAGAAGGGGAGAACCCAGGGAUUCCAGCAGUUUGGCUCUGCAAGGAUUGCGAGUUGCCGCUCUGUGGAAGUUGCUGGGAGGGCCUGCACAGAGUGGGCCGCAACAAGGCUCACGAGAGGGUUGUUAUUGAGCAGCCCACGAUCCCCUGCGAGGGUGUUGAAGAGGACGAGCCCUGCAUCUAUCGCAAUGCCGUUGAAGCGUACUGCAGUGAUUGCGAUCAGCUGUUGUGCGGCGGCUGCUGGAAAACUCUUCAUGGCAAAGGGACUCGCAAGUGCCACUGCCGCCUGCCCGUCGCUGAGGCGGAGAGGCUCAGGGAACAGGCUCUAGCUGCAAAGGGAGAGAACAAGAAUGGCCUUUGCCACUUCGCAGAAUUCAAUGCAGCGAAGGCUUCCGCUUGGGUUGUGCGCGCUAGCAGUCUCAAUAAAACCCAGAUAGGGGCCACUAAGCGCAGCCUUGUUGCUUUUGGCUUCACCGUUACCAAGACUGCAAAGUCUGAAGCAGUGGGCGGUGCUAUCAGCCAGAGGUAUCAGAAGGUGAUGCAGGGUUGGAGCCCGAAGGUGUCGUCGGAAGUGACCCUCAUAGUUGGCAGCGAGGGGCCCGUUCCUCGGCAGCCGGAGGAGUCCUCUCUACACUACGACACAGAGACAGUCAGGUUGUACGCCCAGGAGCGCUUUGCAAUCCGCCAGGAGCUGGGAGCAUUGAAGCAAGGCGUCACUGUCACAAAUGGGGGGAAAGACGGCUCGCAUCUGGACAAGGUUGGGGCGCUGGAAGGGGCCCUCAAGGCUGCCGUGAAGGCUGGGGAAGCUGUGGAGUACGGGGAUCACCGCAGAGCCAUCCAAAGGCUGCGGACAGCGCUUGCAAACGACGUUCUUCUCUUGGUGGCAUUCCAGGACCGCAUGAAGCACCUCGAGCCGGUUGCGGUGUACGUCCGCUCCCCUGACUUCCUCCGGUUCGCCUACGAGAUGGUCAAGGAGUCUGAACUUCUCGAGGCGGAGCUUUUCUCGCUCAAGCAGCGCCUCGAAUCUGUUGCUGAGAAGAUCGAGUCGCAGAAUGAGGCUGCCAAGGCCGGACUGGGAAGAGUCGCUGGGCGGCCUGCACAGGCAAAGACAGCUGCCGUUGGCGUCCAGGGCAGCAAGGCACCUGGGAAGAAGGGCAGGAGUUCUGCAACGAGCACAGCAGCUCUGGCAGGUGCAGGCGGAAAAGAGGAAACUUCAGGACCAGCUGGCAGCGCUCAACAAGCAGGGGCCAGGGGAGGGGAAACGGAGGCGAGAGGGGGUGCUGGUGAGAACGAUUGGGUGGAGAUUCUAAAGGGGCUGUCGUUUGGGGAGAGAGAAUUGGAGGGUUUGGACCUGAAGUUUGCGGUUGAAGAGGCUAUUUUGAGCGAGGGGUGGUGUGGGGCAGAGGUGUGUUGCCUGGUGGCUUCUGUUUGGGUCUGGCAGCAGCGGGGUCUGUGGCAGCGUUUUCCAAUUGCGCUUUGCUGCGAGGGGGUAGGGGUGCUGAAAAAUCGAACAGCGGAAGAGUUGAGGAGAAAGUGGAGAGAACUUGUUGCCGGGCGAUUCAGGCCCGCCGUGUUUGUAGAGAAUAGGUAUAAGCAGGAAAUGAAAGUCUUGGCGGACAAGAGCGAGAAGAUCGGAGAAGGGGUGUACAUCAAUCGGGCGCUGGAGGAGUCGGUGGCGCUCGAUGAGACCAUCAGAGUGUUCGAGCAGCUCCUCGAGGAGGUUGCUUCCACUCAGCAGCUGUGGACAGCCAAGAAAGAGAGUGUUGCGGAAUGGGCCAAACCCUGGGCCCGCGUCGCCGGUGACGCAGCAAAGCUUACUGUUCUUCUAGAGAUCAGUUCUGCAAUCAGUUUGGCCGAAUCAAGGUUUUUCAGUCUCUCCGAUGCGCACACGUUCGCCCAGCAAAGCUAUGCUGAGAUGGACCUUCGCUACCCCUUCCAAGCCAAGCCCAGCAACCUGUUGGACUGCCUUCUGCGCUAUCUCCCCAUCAUCUCCGUCACAGUGACUGUAGAUUCAAGCGAGGUUCAGCUCUGUGCUAGGCCUCUCCAGAGUGAUGCGUUCAUCCGCCAGUUUGCCACCCUCGCUAGGCAGCUUCAGGAGAAGUCUCAGGAAACCCGGAAUAGAGUGAGAGAGCUACCAGUGCAAAAGUACAUAACGUUUCUGGACACAGAAAAGGACAGGAGGGUUUUUAAAGGAGUUGUGGCCCAGCUGACCAGUCCCGAGUUCGUUCAAAAAGAGUUUGGGUGGAGGACAGGGAGCGUGGCCGCCAUAGUGGCGGAACUAGAAGGCAUGGCCACCUAUCUAGGAUCGCUCGACGUCCUCUUUCGUGCGGCAACCAGCAGUGAGACGCCGCGGCGAAAGAAGAAGGCAGCAGCGCGCGCGGAGCUGAAGGCAACGCGCUUUCUGCUGCGGAAGGGGGCAGCCGGUGGGAGGCCGAGCCUGCUCACAAAAUACUCGUGUUGCCUCGGGCCCCUGAUUGAGCGGCUCCUUGAGGAGCUGGACUAUGGGGGGAAGGCGGAGCGCCGGCGGCAAGACGCCUCCCUGCACCAUGGGGGCCGGUCGUCGCUGGACAUCAUCUGGCCCCGCGUGCUGCAGACACCCUGCUGCCGAACCGGGGAUUGCAUCGAGAUCUCGCGGGCGACGCUGCACCGUGCCUUCAAUCCUGCCCGGAAGCGUCCUCCUUUUGCCCUGCUUUUUGAGGUGCGUCCGGACGAGAAAGAGGCCAACGUGGACGCGAAGUACUCGCACGUGGCCUGGCGAAUGCAUCAGGAUGCCGGCUUCUCGCGGGCGUGCGCAACUCUGGUGGCUGGCGACGACCAUGCAAAGCUGAAGGCGGACGUCUCCACGUCGACGGGCAAGCACCGCGUGUUCCACAUCGCCACCAACAAGAAGGUCGCCCCAGACCACGACGCCCGCUCCAAAACCCCCGACAGCAACAUCAUCAUCGACAGCAUCGUCCGCCUCAGCCUGGACACGCGUAUGAACGCGGAGCGGCUCGAGGGACGGAGGGCGCCGCUCGUGCACCACGGGGGGAAGCAGGUCCUGGUCAGCAGAAACGGGGGGGUCCCUUUUGCGGUUCUCCAAGCGGAGAAGUACAGCCCGUCCACCGCCGCACAAAAGGUUAACAACCUCGCACAGCUGCGGGCCCUAGACCUAGAGGCCUGGGACCGGUGCUCCUUCUCCCUCUUCACGGACAAAGGGGCGGACAGGAACCCGGAGUUCUUCGAGGUCAUCCUCUGUGAGCUCAUCUUCCUCCAAACCUUCGGGUUGUGCUACCUGUCGCACGUCACCCACGCCGGCGGGCUGAGCGCCUUCAACACGGCACCGGAGCGCCUCAACGGGGAAGAAACUCUAGCGAUCUGCAACGUUCCGAUUGACUCUCAGGCGUACGGGGCGGCUGUAGACGUGUCAACGGGGCAAGUCGAUGCGGAUCUCGUGCGGAAGAAUCUCGAGCACGAGUUGGACGAGGUCGCCCUCCGGCUGGAGAACGCAGAGUUCUGUGGCCGGCUGCUGACGGUGGUAAAGGCGGCGGCGAUGGAGUGCGGGGGAAAGUGCGUGGGGGCUUGCACGUGCGAGCUGGGGUUUAUAAACGAGGAGGAGCGGCUGGCCCUCCGGGCGUUCUACAAGGCGAGCGCACGUGCGAGGGCGACCUGGGAACCUGCGCGGCAGCGCGAGCGCUUCGCGCUCCUCGUUGGGUUCCUCUCCUGCGAGCGGCACACGCUGCUGACCAAGUACUCGUUGGAGUUUCGCGCCUGCUUCGAUGAGGCGUGCGAGUUCAAGUGCAUGGACCGCUUCCAGAAUCCGCGUGUAACGAUUACGACUGGUUAA